AUGUGGAUCCUUCGAAAAGUCCGGGAGAGUGCCGAGAGUCUCCCAGAGGACAUCAGCCGGCUGAUCAGCAAAAACUCAGAGGAGAUCUCUGCAAAGACCAACCUUCUCCACAAGCUGCACAGCAACGUCCUGACGCCGGAGAAAAUCCCUGACUUCUUCCUGCCUCCCCGGCUGAGCAGACGCUCCCUUGUGGCAGCAGAGGGAAUUAUUCCCAAAUGCAUUAGUCAAAAGGAGACCAUCUGCGGUCAGGACUCUCUAUCAAAACUCAAAAUGACCACAGUCUUGAUGACAGAUGAGAACAAAGGCACUGUGGUGACCCUAAGGGGUAAAAAAAAUCCUGUUCCAUUUUCACUGAAAUGUUUUGAGCCUGGCCUGUUUGAGAGUCCCAACACACGACGCAAAGAGUCUUUGUUUCACUCGACCUUCACCAGGUACGAGCUGGAGCGGAUGGUCACUACUGCGACACCAAAACUACCCUCCAUAGCAAGGCUGAAGUUGGGCAGCAUCGAGAGUGACACAUUGUCUUCUGCUGACUCCUCCCCUCACUGCUCACCACCUCCCUCCUGGCCAAUCAGAAGCAAACGUGAAAAUACUAAUUCACUAUCUCUCUUGGCAUCGAAACGAUCUCUUAGUAAGGGUGUUCCGCUGCAGUCAAAAAACCCAAGCAACAUGGUAUGGUCUACUGUUACUAAAAUGGAAAAAAGAGGCAUAACAGGAACUAAUUGCCAUGCCAGUGUUGUCUGCCAAGCUACCCCCUCUACCUUAGUCCCACCCUUCCAGUUCCCAUUGGACAUGCUGCACUGCCAGGAAUGCCUCCACAGGGAGCACAUGCUCCUUCUCCCACGCAGGGGCUGCAUUCGGAUAUCUGCCUCCCGCUCCAACCACACGGGAGAUCCCGCCACCAUCUGCAUCCGGGUGAUCUCUGUGGAGGGCCUGCGCGAAGCCGGUGACCUCCGACCCCUGCACUGCAGCCUGACCUUGAGCCUGGCCCCAGGCAAGCUGCAGAGACAGCACAGUGCCACUAUCAGGAACUGCCGCAAUCCUGUGUUCAACGAGGACUUCUUCUUCACAGAGCCCGAGGCCAAGGAAGGCAGACUGCGGGAGUUAGCUCUCAGGGUGAAAGUACUAGAUAAGCCCUCAGGCUUCGGGAGAGCUAUAGUUCUGGGAAUUACUGUCAAACCAGUUUCUCAGCUGCUACCACUAUGAAGGAAACAAUGCUGAAAGAUGCCAUUGGUGGUUUGUGAAUAUCAGAGAGACCAGCACUGCACUGUUACACAGCACCAGUGAGUAGGAAAACUAUUCAUCUGAAAGGAAAACUAUUCAAAAAGAUGACCUACCUGAUGGACAGGAGUUUUAUUGGAGCUGGAGCUCAAUGGAAAGAGGACCCACAUGCUUUGCUGAGGGU